AUGGCCUUGAUCAUACUGAUUAUUAUAGCUUUGGUUUCACCAAAUAUAAUCAACGGACGUCGUCACCAUCACAGACCUGAGUCUUUGGAACGCCAACAACGACAAAAAAUUGAAUUUCCAAAAGCCUGUAUAGCGAGUUUAGCUACUAACAGUUGGGUUGGUUGUGCAAUAGACUUAGGUAAGAUCAUUUGGUCGCUACAUACAUGGAGUGAUGAUCAAUCCAUUAAAAUAUGCGACGUUGAUUGUGUGGGCAAUUUGAAAGGACGUAUUCACAAACUAGAAUGGGUUUGGGAUGCUAAAUUUCAGUGCAAAGCACGAGCUCCAGGUAUUGUGGGUGAAGGGCGAGGAAAAGCUAGUCGUCAAGGUGCAAUGGAAGAAGGUAUAAAAGAAUUUAUUUUAGCUGCUAUCAAUGCCGGUAAACUCAAGGCCGAAGAUUUCAAAUGCUGA